GAGAACUGUGGUAAACGGCAAAAAUGGCGUGCCUCAGGAUACCAGCGACCGAUCUCACGGCAUCGAUUCGAAUAUUAGGCUCCUGGCUGAGCGGCAGAUACGCUCACUCGGAUUUGCCGAAAGUUAGCUUCCAAGAGUACCGCAAGAAAUCCGUCGCACAUCCUAACGUGUCUGCUGCAAGGUCCGCGGACGAACGACGUGUCAGAGCUACCUUGUCGUCUUUCGUGUUCGGCGUUGCAACCAUGUACGCGAUGAAGUCCCACAUGUUGCAUUACGUCUUGUUCAUGGCGCCGUCGCGGGAUGUUCUAGCAGAGGCGCAGGCCGAAAUUAGUUUGGAUAACAUAACCGUGGGGAAAACGUUGGUCGCCAAGUGGCGAGGAAAACCGGUUUUCAUCUAUCACCGUCCGCAGGCCAUCAUAGACCAAGAACGAAAAGUACCACUCUCGAAUCUGAGACAUCCGGAGAGCGACGAGGAAAGGACCAUAAGACCCGAGUGGUUGGUCAUGAUUGGAAUCUGCACGCACCUCGGCUGCAUUCCGAUCCCUAAUGCUGGCAAUAUCACCGGAGGGUUCUAUUGUCCGUGUCAUGGCUCGCAUUUCGAUGGUUCUGGCCGCAUACGUCAGGGACCGGCCCCCACCAACAUGGAAAUACCCGAAUACAAGUUCCUCGACAAUAACGCCAUCCUUGUUGGUUGAAAUCGACGUCAUUCCUGUGCCAAUUAUCAGUUGCUUCUUACCUGUCGUUUUUCCAUCGCUCCACCUUUCCUUGUUUUCCGUUUGAUUCUCGUUAAACGCAGCCGCGAACAAUUUGUCCUCGACGUUCAACGCAACCCGCAUCGUGGAAAGAAUAGUUUCUCGAAUCGCGCCGUGGCGCUCUUAAAACUGCCUCGCGGCGCCAUCUAUGGUUGGUACGGUACAUUUGUUAUUAAUAAAACUGCAUAUUAAUCAUAAA